UAAAGAGAGACGAAUCAGAUAAACUAUUCCUAAAACUGUUUUAACAACAGAACAAGUCUUUGUAUCAUGGGAUCAGCAUCAUCAGUUAGAAGUGACCAAUCAUACGACAAAAUAAUUAACGUAUUUCAAGCUAUACAACAAAAUAAAUUCAAAGCUGCAAAGAAAAUAAUGUCAUCAGGGGUAGAAAUUGACUGCAUAAAUUAUGUUGGAGCGACACCUUUGAUCGAGACAUGUCGAAGUCGUCAUCGUGCUGCAACAGAAUUAGGAAGGAACGAAUUCGUUCAAUUUUUAAUAGAGCUUGGAUGUGAUGUAAAACGGAAUGAUAUACACGGAUGGACUGCUGUUUUGUAUGCAGAGGAAAAUGGACACGAAUCUAUUGUCGAAAUGCUCGAAACCUGUGAAAUAAAGAAGAAAAGAUUGACAAGAGAUCAGUUUCCACAUGAAUUAGAAACUAUUUUCGAGGAAGUGUAAGAGUCUCCAACAGAAUGCACCAUCAUAAACCAGUUAAACAACAACAAUGAAACCUACUAUAGUAUGACCAAGAUAAACGCAUAGUUCGAAAUUUACUAAUCAUACAAAACCCAAUUGUGGUAUGCAGAUGAUAGCAGGUUAUUAGAGUGAUAUAUGAUCGAGACUAUAACCGUAAAAAGAAGUGAAGUAUUUCCGCUAUACGCA